AUGGCGGAUUCUCAGUUCAAGGUCCGCACAAUGAAGCGGAAGAACGUCAAGGGCCUGGCGCUUAAUGCCGCCUCGCCGAAGCCCGCCAUGUCGGGUGCCGACGCGCAGGUGCCCGGGUCGCGCCGCGACGACGAUAAGGCCGCUGGCCAGCUGGAGAUUGGCGUCGAGUUCAGGCUGGACCUGAGAGCGGAGGACCUGAUCGUGAUAAGAGAGCUCGGCCACGGCAAUGGAGGAACCGUUAGCAAGGUCCAGCAUGCCGCUACCAAGGCCAUCAUGGCCCGCAAGAUUAUCCACGUCGAGGCCAAGAACGAAGUCCGCAAGCGCAUUGUACGCGAGCUGCGCAUCAUGCACGACUGCGCCUGUCCCUACAUCGUAUCCUUCUAUGGCGCCUUUCAGAAUGAGUCGGGUGACGUUGUGAUGUGUAUGGAGUAUAUGGACUGCGGCUCGCUUGACGGCAUUUCGAAGCACUUCGGCCCUGUCCGCGUUGAUGUACUUGGCAAGAUCGCAGAAGCAGUACUGGGCGGCCUCUCAUACCUCUACAAGCAACACCGCAUCAUGCACCGCGAUAUGAAACCGUCCAACAUCCUGGUCAAUUCGCGAGGACAGAUUAAGAUUUGCGACUUCGGUGUCUCGAGCGAGCUGGAGGGCUCGGUCGCCGAGACCUUCGUCGGCACCGGCACCUACAUGGCCCCGGAGAGGAUUCAGGGCGCAAAAUACACGGUCAAGUCAGACGUUUGGAGCGUGGGAUUGACUCUUAUGGAGCUUGCCAUUGGCAAAUUCCCCUUUAACAGCGACGCCGACGACGAGACUGGUGGACCGCAGGGCAUUCUUGAUCUCUUGCAACAGAUUGUGCUCGAGCCCGCGCCAAAACUUCCCAAGAGCGAUGCUUUCCCGUCAAUUCUGGAAGAAAUGAUCGCACGCUGCUUGAUGAAGAAUCCGGAUGAGCGACCUACGCCUUGGGAGCUAUAUGAAUCGGACCCCUUCCUUAUGGCCGCUAAGCGUACUCCGGUGGACCUCGAGGCGUGGGCAGUCAGCAUGAUGGAGCGCCAGAACCGCAAAUCCCAUCUGCAGCCGGCCCCAGCAUCUGCUAAGAUGCGUGAGCAGCUCCGCGCAUCUCCGAGCCACAGCCCAACGCCGUCAUCUGCCUCGAAUGGUCGUCACACUCCCACCUCGAGCCAUACUCCACGCUCAACCGGUAGCCAAGACUCGAGAGACGGUAGACCACAAUAUCCAGCUAGGACCAGCAGUACGGGCCAAUUGUCUGGCGGUCAGCCCAUGCAAUUGCCGAUCAGGCCGGCACCUCCGCCAAGCAACCCGCUUCCGCAGCCGCCGAGGAAAAUUUGA